AUGGAACACAACCUUGAAACGCCUGCUGCUGCUGCUGGUUGGGGUGAGUCUGUUACGCAAGCGCUGCAAAUGGGCGAAGAAUCCGAAGUUUCGGCUAUGGAUCCUUUGCUGCUCGGUGGUGUUAGCGAUGAUGCUGCAGAGCCUAACUAUGCAGAUGCACUGGCAUCUCAAGGUGAUGAGCCGAAUAGAGGUGGUCUAGAGCAAGCACCAACCCAAGUGGGUAAUCAGCCGCCGCCGGUACAGAUUGCCAGAGCUUCUCCGGCAUCGCCUGGUCACAGUGAGUUGUCACGCAUGGAGGGCGGGGGUAUGGCUGCAAAGUGGGAUCCAGACGAAGAUGAGCUGGUUCCGGAUUAUGCUAGCAUGCCAGUUGUCCCAGAGGGCAGUGGCUCGCACCUCCAAGGGUCUAAAAGGGCGGAAGAUAUUCAGAUCAGGGGUACCGCUCGCGCCGCAGCUAUGGACGUUGAUGAGCCUAGUGCUGAGGUAAGGGUCAAUCCUGAGCGAGGGUUGGAAGUGGAAGCAGCGGUACAACGGCAGGUUUUGAGUAUCUUUCAAAGUCAGGUGACUCCGUUGUUGGGGCAACUCAUGGAUCGACUAGAGGCUAUGGAAGCGAGACAGAGCGCUCAACAUGACUUGGCGAGCGACUUUCAGAGGAUGCGGUUGGGAGUUGAGUCGGCAGCAUCGGCGGAGAAAUCUGGGUUGGUGAUGGUGUCGGGAGUUGAACACGCCUGGCGCUUGACGCUGUUCAUUCUGAAGUUAAGCCACAAUCUGCAGGAAAUCGGUGGCACUGAAAUCCGACCGCCGCCAAUUGCGGCUGCUCCGAAGUCUCCUGAUGUAAAGGCCCCGCAACCUGUAGUGUCCCCACCUUAUCCCUGGCCGGCAAGCAAUCUACCCAGAAGUCUUCCAUCAUUGACGGCUCCACCGGAAGUUCCAAGCGAAAUGCGGGGAACUAGUGUGAGAGUUGAGGGCGAUUCCUUCACAAACGAUUGUAGUGGUGGGUUAGGCUCUGCCGGUGGGAGUUCCGAGGGACGCGAAGGUUUAGAGUGGUUUUAUAAUGGGUUGAAACGGGUUUUCGCCACACACGGUGGAGACCAUGACGGGAGAGCUGAGGAGGUGAAAACUUCAACGGCUGAGCUUCAGAAGCUGGUCAUUAAUGAUGGGGAUAAGGAGGUCUCGCCUCUUCUAGCUGGUGACUGGCUCACUUUGGCAGGAUUGCACCUAAUCCUUAAAGCCAUUCCCAACUCCUUGAAGGAGGAGCUGGUAAGCACCCAACGGAUGUCCUGCAUUGAUGCGGUCUCAUUGCCGGAUUCCACAUUGCUUCUGGCAGGAUUGGAUCUUCUUACCAGUAAAGCGCUGAGCAAGUUUCCGGCUGAGUUGGAGGUUUUGGACACCGGUAUCGCGAAGACCACUAAGGCAGCGAAGGUUGAUGAUACCAUUGAUGUGUGUCCAUACCGGGGUAAGGGUAGUGCUGGUACUGGGGACGGGGCAAGUAAAGGGAAGGGCGCCAAAGGCGGAAAGAAAGGCUCUGAGGAGCAGCCCAAGGGUGAUGCGGGGGCAGCGGCUGAUGCCGCUCAAACCGCGCUACAUUGUGUGUUCGUCCCAGACGGGAAGGUGAAGAACCGGAUUGAACAGUGGGAAAACGAUGCUGGUCAGCAGUCCACCAUGAAUGCUGAAGGAGUGGCUUUGAUUCAUGAGGCCAUGCAGGGUAUGGGGGUUGCAGACUAUGCGGAGGGUUUGUGUAGGGCGAUUGAAGUUGAUGACGGCGGUGAGGGAAUCAUCACUGCGUGGACGGAGGCUCUUCUGAGGACCAUGUACCCCGCUGUUCCCGACAGCGUUUGUGAUGAGGUGUCACGUUUCCUGCCAGGUAUGCACGCUGCUGCCGAAGCCAUCACCAACAUGGCAGAUGUUUGGAAGCGCUACCACGAUAAUGCUGAGCCUCUCAAGGCCCUCGCAAAGCGCAAGGUGUUGAUUCAGUUUUCCCCACACAUGUGGAUGGUGUUCGUGAUGUGCUGGAGAGCAUUGUUGAGCCUUGGGGCGAUGAACCUGAGGGGUCAAGUGGGACUUUGCUCGGUGUGUGAGCGCGAUGUGACUGAGUCCGCAGCUUUCGGUAGCGGUCCGCCGAACAACAAUGAGUCGGUUGCGGCCGCCCCGGUAAGGAGCACAUUAGCGGGGCAGCAGGUUAAUGGGUUCGCGGGAGCGUUGGAUGCCGAGACUGGAGGUUUCGAUGACGCUCUUGAGGUGCCCUGUGAAGCUAGUUUCGCCGCCCCGGUAAGGAACACAUUAGCGGGGCAGUGGGUUAAUGGGUCCGGGGGAGUGCUGGAUGUCGGGACUGGAGGUUUCGAUGCUCAUGAUGACGGCAUUCUCGAGGCACCCGGUGUUGAUCUGAUGAGGUUCUGCGGCGAUGACUGUGAAGCCAUUGGUGUUGGAGAGUUUGGGGGAUUUGAUUGGGGUGUUGCAGCCGCACAAGCCCCAUCUGAGAUUGAGUACUCCCUCUUACCGGACUGUGAGGUGCUAAGUACGCAUACCGUGCCAUUACCAGAAGUGUACAAGUAUUUCAGUCGGUGGAGAGGGUCAGCUGAAGCGGAGCUGUAUUCACUCAUUGAUGACAAGAAGGCCUUUAAACGCAUCACGCUUGCCGACAUUCGGCGCUUGGAAGCAGAAGGUGCUCGCGUAACCAUUGUUCCAGGUAAGGCCAUCUUUACACGAAAAAGCGGCGGACGGUACAAAACAAGGAUUGUUAUUUGUGGGAACUUUGUUCCAGAGGGUUGGGGCGAAGAUGGCAGCGGUCAGCAGAAAGCGUCAUUGUAUGCGGCAGGAUGUGAGGUUGCACACGUUCGGCAAAUCGCGGCACGAGGUGCUAAGGCCAAGUGGGACGGUGAGCCUGGACAGGCGUUGGCGUGGAUUGCAGUCUACGUCGACGACCUGUUUAUUAUGGGUCAGAGGGUGUUCGCUUUGGCUCUUGUCAACAAGUUUCGAGCCACUUGGGAAACAGAUUCGGUAAAGGAAAUUCCAGAUUUAUCUCAGGGCACGGCGGCUUUCUUUGGGAUUGAGUUCGCGUGGAAGGGUGAUCAACUUCUGUUGGGCCAACAAGGUUACAUUCGUGAUCUCCAGACUAGGUACCCACACAUCAAGAUGCAGUGUGUGCCGUUGCCGCCUGGUAACAUCGACAUUCCUGAGGUGACAAGGCCUGAUUUGAUGUUUGGUGUAAGCAAGUUGGCAUCUAGCAUGUCCCGAAAUCCCACUGGCACGCUGCCUUACAUUGAACACCUUUUAGGGUACGUUUUCAACACCGUAGAUACGGUGCUGGCCUACAGCGCGGAUGAUCGUACCCAGGAGCUGUCAUGUGGCAUAGCAUCAGAGGCCUUGCAUCACAUCACCGUGCACACUGAUGCAUCUUUUGCCCCAGCGGCGGGGCGUUCCCACGAGUGUGUCAUAGCAUAUCAGGAUGGGUGUUUGGUCACGUGGCUGUCGAGCAAGCAGCCCUUCACCGCCCAAUCUACAGCUGAGGCUGAGCUACUCAGCACUAUGACCGGAUAUCAGCUCGGUAGGGCACAUCAAUAUUUGGCAUCAGAGCUGUUUGGGUGUAAUGUUCGCCUCACGGUUCUAAACGACAACAAGGAGGAGUUUCAGGCUGACAAUGUUGGCAUAGGUUACGUUCCAGGGGUCAGCAAUGGAGCUGACCUGGGGACAAAGAGUGAGGAAGCGGAUGUGCUGUCCGAAGCACAGCCUGAUGACGAAGAUAACGGAAGUCGUAGAUCCUCCGCCUCGCCCUCCUAG